UUCCUCCUAAUAUUCCUGGGAUAUACUAGUCGUUGCAGGUGAGGAAGAGGAAAAAGUAAAGAAGACUGAAACAUGAUUAUUCCUGUACGGUGUUUCACUUGCGGCAAGGUUAUCGGAAACAAAUGGGACACAUAUCUUGAUCUUCUUCAGUCUGAUUACACGGAAGGAGACGCGCUUGAUGCUUUGGGACUUGUUCGUUAUUGUUGCCGAAGAAUGCUGAUGACUCAUGUUGAUCUCAUCGAGAAGCUUCUAAACUACAAUACAUUGGAGAAAUCCGAUACGAGCUGAAGCCGUAUGAAGGUGGAACAAGUUCAUGGAGAAUGUUGUGGAUAAAAUCGACCUAAAUCCCCCAUCCCAAACAUUCUAUCUUGUAGUGUCAUUAAAGAAAAUGGAAUUCCUAUUGGGCCGAACUUGUAUUUCAUUUUUAAUGAAACCGUAUUUUUAUAAUUAGAUUUUGUUUUAUC